AUGACGGAAACGGAGUCAAUUUCUAAAACCCAAAGGGUCGACAUUUCUAACUUGAAAAGUACUGAAGACACAAGAUUAAGAAGAGGACUCAUUGCUCAGGCAAUAUUUAUAUCAAUAAUUGUUGGGCUUGUUGUUUGUGGUCUUGUAAUCAUCACACAGCUUCAGGAUAAGGUGGAAAAUAUGGAAGUUCAAUUGGCACCUCAAGGAAACCAGUCGUUUAGACAAAUGAAAUGGCUUGAAGAAAAUCUGACAUCUGAAAUUAACAAUUCGUUUUUCAAAUUGAAAAAUAUUUCAACAAAUGACUUAGAGGCAUUCAACUCCAAACUUAAUGAACAGCAGAUCAGUCUAAAUCAAUGUAUUGAAUAUGUAUCAAGUCUGAACAGUUCUCAUCGACGAUUCAUGAAAUCAGUUAUACAAGGUUCUCCAAAGAGUUGCACAACUGUAAAUCGUGAAUAUGCAAAAAUUAGAAACAACACCGGUGGAGUCUUUAAUAUAUAUCCGGAACUAGGAGACAAACCGGUCGAAGUUUACUGUGAUCUUGUUACAGAUGGAGAUGGCUGGAUCGUGUUUCAAAGAAGAAUGGACGGGACAGAAAACUUCUACAGAGGGUGGAACGACUAUGUUAAUGGAUUCGGAGAAAAAGAUAGAGAAAUGUGGUUAGGCCUUGAAACAAUCCACCAACUAACUAAAGACGGAAAUUACGAACUAAGAGUUGAUUUGGAAGAUUUUAAUGGAGCCACUGUUUAUGCUAAAUAUGGGAGUUUCUCAAUCUCAUCUGCAAGUGAAAACUAUACGUUGUUAGUUGGAGAGUAUAAUGGAACGGCAGGAGAUUCAUUGACAUAUCAUAACAAUAUGGAGUUUAGUACGAAAGAUUCUGACAAUGACCAAACGUCCGGCAGUUGCGCGAUCACUUGGAGUGGGGCUUGGUGGUACAAAUAUUGUUACAACUCAAAUCUGAAUGGGAUAUAUUAUCAAGACGGGCGAAAUGAUAAGCGAUCCGUUACUUGGUAUACCUGGAAAUUUAAUUUCCAGUCUCUGAAGUUCAGUGAGAUGAAGUUUCGGAAAAGAGCAUAA